AUGCACGCCUUCAGAUAUGCAAUGGCGACGAUUUCGCUGCUGUACGUAGCCGCCCACGGCCGUCCAACGCGUCAGUUCGACCAGACGGGCUCGACCUGGUACGAGGCCGUUCAAGAAAUCAUCCAAAGCAAAUGCGGCGUCGAAUUUGAAGACUACAAACACGGACACUCGCCCAACGUGACGCAGAAGACCCGUGUCAGCGUCCUCAUCAACUGCAUCCUCACUCAAAUGAGCGACUUCUACAAGGUCAACAUGGCGGCCAGCUCCAUCGUGCUCGGCUCGGCACCCAUGAUCCUCCAGUCGCUGGGGAGCACGACGGCCGAGACAGCCUUACUCGGCCUCCGGAGGCCCAUCUUGUCCUUUUUGCUGGCCACCGGGAGCCCCGCGGUGACGACGGUCAAGGGGAGCGAGUUCAUCGAGAUGCUGGCGCGCUUCGUCCGCGGGGGCGAGACGCGCAACCUGGGCAUGCCCGGCUUCCACUGGAGCGGGAUUCACAUGGGACUGCGGCCCGUCGUCAGCCUUUCCGAGUACCUCCUUGUCGGGGUGGCGGCCACCAACGUCGUGCUGGAGGCGCAUCGGCUCGGCACCCGCGCCAUCGUCGUCUUCGUGCCCACGACGACCUGGCUCCCCUCGCUGUGGACGCUCAUUGCUGUCCUCAUCCACGGCGGCGGCACCAUAGCGCUGCACCUCCGGGUCAGGGUGUACAAGCCACCACCACCGCCGGGCCCGGCCGCGGGGGGCUUCGCGUCGUGGGUGCCCGACGAGCUAAUCCCGUCGGCCUUCCAGCGGCCGAGCCGCAUGGCGUGGCGGCGGGAGCACGUGGCCUACUACGCGCUGAGCUGGUUCCUGAGCAUCUGCACGGUGGCGCACGUCGUCUUCGGCACGCUCAUCUUCUCGAGCCUGCUCUUCUUCAGCGUCCGCGACGCGACAAAGGUGGUGGCGCGGUACGCGGCCAGCGCCAUCAUAUGCAGGGCCGUGGUGCGCUUCGAGCUGGCGGGGCUGACCGAGGCGACGACGUACGGCGACGACGGGCCUCCGCCGGAGAGCACAGAAGCUCUGGACGAGGAGGUGACGAUGUCGUUGGACGAGGCCAAAGACAGUAGAGGCAAUGGGUAA